AUGGCCUUUACGGUUGAUCGCAGUAAGUUUGACGCUGUCCUCGCGGAGCUCGUCGAAAAUGUUAAGGAACAUUUUGCCUCGAAAGGAGCAUCUCAUGAAGUGAUCACUUACGUCGAGAAGUGCUUCUAUGAGAAUUCAACGAACGGCAAAAUGAUCCGCGGGCUCUCUGUCCCCCAAACGGGCCUGUCGACCUUGAACCGCCCUACAACCGAGCAAGAGUUUCGCGACCUCUGUAUACUCGGGUGGCUUGUUGAGACACUUCAGGCGUAUUUGUUGAUGCAUGACGAUAUCAUGGAUAACUCAUCAACUCGCAGGGGCAAGCCGUGCUGGUAUCGACGCGCAUCAGUCGGGAUGAAGGCAGUAAACGACGGUGAUAUACUAAAGUCAUCAAUUUUCUUCCUUCUAAAACUACAUUUCCAAAAACACCCAGCAUAUUUGAAAAUGAUGGAAACUUUCCACGAAGUUGCGUUUAUGAGUGAGAUCGGCCAAGAAUGUGACGGUAUCGCUUCCGACGCACGGAGAAUUGAGGAAUGGACCAUGGCAGAGUAUGAGAAUCUAUGCAACUUGAAGGCAGGACAUUAUACCUUUUACUUAUCAGUUCUUCUCGCUUUGCAAUAUCUUCAACUCGAUACGCCCCUCAAUGUCCAACAAAUCCGGGAUGUGCUUAUCCCGCUGGGCGGCUUUUACCAAUCCCAAAAUGACUAUCUUGACAUCUUUGGUGACCACCGUCUGACCGGGAAGAUUGGCACCGACAUACAGGAGAAUAAGUGCUCCUGGGUUAUUAUCCAGGCAUUGCGGAUGUGUUCUACCGAACAGCGGCGUAUCCUGCUUGGGAAUUACGGUCAGCCAAGUCGAGAUUCGGCGAUGAAAUGCCAGCGGAUCUUCGAACUUCUGCCUCUGAGAGAGGAGUAUAGGUCAACGGAAGACCGUGUCUUGGGCAGGCUGGAAGUUAGUAUAUGCAACUUGGAUGAGAGCGAGGGCUUGAGAAAAGGCAUUUUUGACAUUCUUUUUCACUGUGUUCGUGGAGUGACAAGGAAGCAAGCACCCUAUUGA